AUGUUCCGCACCUUCCUGCUACUCCUUACCGUGGCCGUGGAGUCAGAGCCCUUGGAGUCCGCGGCCCCCGACAGCUGCGCAAACCAGAACCAGCCCUGCCAAGUGGAUCUCCUCCAGCGUCGGCUGGAGCUGGACCUCAAAGCGAAGGCGGCGAAUCAAAAGCCCCCGCACAUUCUCUUCUUCCUGGCCGACGACCUCGGUUGGGCUGGGUUCAGAAGGCAUCGCGAAAGUGCGAACUCGCCGGCCGAGGCCCAGGGCAAGGCGGAGAUCCAGACUCCUCGCCUGGAGCAACUGAUCCGUGAGGGCAUCCUGUUGGAGCGCCACUACACCACGAACGACUUCUCGGCAAAGAGUCGGUGCUCGCUCUGGAGCGGUCGCUUGCCCGAGCACUGCUAUCCUGACAAGGGAAAUUUGGGGUUUCUGGGACUUCAUCAUAAUGAUCAGAUGUACUGGAACCGCUCUAACAACGUGUCGGGCUUUGCCGGCAUGCCGCGGAACAUGACGGGCCUGGCUAAGCAGCUGAAGCAGGCUGGCUACGAGUCCCACUACGUGGGCAAGUGGGACAAUGGCUGGGCUACUCCAGAGCACACCGCUUUGGGUCGCGGCUUCGACUCUUUCCUGGGAUCUAUGCAGCCGGGAACAAAUACCUGGAAAGAGAGGCAAUUCAACAACCUCAGUUACCAGGACAUUUGCUUCAGCAAGUACCAGGACUUUUCCUUGUACAACAAGACGUACCGCAACGGCGUCACCCGUGAGAUCAGAGCCGAGCUUGGUUGCAACUUCAGCUUCCCCAAAGAUGCGGAUCUAACAGAAACUGGCUGCCUUAAGGAGGACCCGACACAGUGCUUGGAGGAGAGCUGCCUCCAAGAUGCCAUGUUCCUGCGGUAUGCCCUCAAAACCAUCGAUGCUCAUGACGUAGCGAAGCCCCUCUUCCUGACCGUCGCUAGUCACAUGGUGCAUACCCCUUUGGCGGUGCCGAAGUCGACUCUGCGGGAGUUGGACAAGCUUGUUACCGAAGCAGGUGUGGAGAGGAAGCUGGCUUGGACAAAGAAUCGUCGGUUGAUAGCAGCUAGCAUUCUCUACAUGGACAAAAUGAUGGGUGCGCUGGUUGAUGCUUUAAAAAAGCGGGACAUGUACGAGAACACCCUAAUUGUUUUUGUGUCUGACAAUGGUGGGGGAGCAAACUUGGAAGAAGCAUCAAGCAACUAUCCACUCAAGGGAGGUAAAGGCAGUGAUUGGGACGGAUCCGUGCGCACAAAUGCUUUUGUGUCCGGGGGCUUCGUCCCUCCGGAUAAGCGAGAUAGUACAUUUCACGGGGUGAUCCACAUCGCAGACUGGUAUGCCACUCUGUGUAGCAUUGCGGGUGUGGAUUACUACGAUUCGGCUGCAGCGGAAGCUAAUAAGGAUCUUUCUGCCAAGGGCCUGCCUCUGUUACAUCCUGUGGAUGGCCGGCCGCAGUGGCCAAACAUUCUGUCGGGCACCAAUGCGCGAAGUGAUACGUUGUUCCUCAGCAGAUUUUCCUUGUUGCGCUGGCCCUACAAGUUGGUGACCGGGUUGCAGCCGUACUUCUUUUGGCCGGGCCCGGUGUGGCCCAAUUGCAGCUCCGACCGUCCCGAGGAGGACUUCUACGACAUUUUCAGCUACCGCCUGCCGGAACACAUCGUGCCCGACCUGCGCGAAGACUUUCAGCUUGCACACGAUUGCGGCAGUGGCUGCCUCUACAAUGUGGAAAUGGACCCGGGUGAGCGGUCGGACCUUGCUGCGCGUCCUGCAUUUUCGCAAUUGCUUGAGUCUUUGGUUCAUGAGCUCGCAGUCUUGAACCAGAAAGCGGUUAGAUUCAGAGGAAAAACUGGGGUGCCGUGUGUGGAAGCUUGCUUGACAGCUCUUGACAAUGCUGCGGGUGCCCUCGGACCAUUCGUGGACAUCGAGGGCUUCUACACAGACAGGCCUUUCCUGAAUGGCCCGGCGGCAGAUGCUGCUGACCGCGACCGACAGCAGAUUCUAAGCCUGCACAAGGCCUUGCAGGAGCGCCCUGAAGAAGUCGUCGAGAUGGCGGCCAAAAUCGUGAAUUCGAGCUGGAGGCCUCCCGUAGACUGCCUUGGCUGGUAA